GCCGAGAGGGCGGCGGCGGCGACGUGCGAGAGGGCGGGCCUUGGCGGGUGAUGUCACGGGCCGCACCUGGAGAGCGGGAGAGAAACGGGGAGCCAUGCGCGGAGACGGGCUCCUGGCUGGAAGGGAAUCUCUGGUUCUGCUCUGUGCGCCUGCUGCGUCCCGCAAAGGCUUGGCUGGAGUCCUGGCGAAAGGCCCUAUGAGAAAAAGGGAAAGCUAAGGAUGCUGGAGCAGAACAAUGGAUUUCUCUUUCUCUUUCAUGCAAGGGAUCAUGGGAAACACAAUUCAGCAACCACCUCAACUCAUUGACUCAGCCAACAUCCGCCAAGAGGAUGCCUUUGAUGCCAGCAGUGACAUUGCUGAAGAUGGUGGACAAACGCCAUACGAAACUGCCCUACAGCAAGGCUUUCAGUACCCUACACCCACGACAGAGGACCUUCCACCCAUCACUAAUGGCUACCCACCAACAAUCAAUAUGUACGAACCUCAAGCCAAAUACCAGACGUACAGUCAAUAUCCCAAUGGUUCAGCCAAUGGUUUUGGUACCGUCAGAAACUUUAGUCCCCCAGAGUAUUACCAAAUGGAAAACUCUAACGCAAGGCCGCACGAAGUUCUGGAAAAACCUUCCCCUCCACAGCCACCACCUCCACCACCACCAUCAGUUUCACAAACGGUGAUUCCAAAGAAGACUGGCUCACCAGAGAUCAAAUUAAAAAUAACCAAAACUAUCCAGAACGGCAGGGAAUUGUUUGAGUCCUCUCUGUGUGGGGACCUUUUAAAUGAAGUACAAGCGAGUGAGUAUGCUAAGGCAAAACAUGAAGGGAGAAAAGAGAAAAGGAAAAAAAGUAGCAAGCAUGACUCUUCCCGAUCGGAAGAGCGCAAGUCGCACAAAAUUCCAAAAUUAGAACCAGAGGAGCAAAAUAGACCAAAUGAGAGGCUUAGCUUGCUAUCAGAAAGACCAAGAGAAGAUACAGUGUUGGAGGAAACCCCGGUCCAGCAGUUCUUGCCUUCUCUUCCAACACAAGUCACCCAUGACAUCAAGUUUCAGGUUGGCGAUCUGGUUUGGUCCAAGGUGGGAACAUACCCGUGGUGGCCUUGCAUGGUUUCAUGUGAUCCACAGCUUGAUGUUCAUACCAAAAUUAAUACAAGAGGUGCCCGUGAAUACCAUGUUCAGUUUUUUAGCAACCAGCCAGAGAGGGCGUGGGUGCACGAGAAGCGGGUUCGAGAGUACAAAGGACACAAACAGUAUGAGCAAUUAUUGGCUGAGGCUGCUAAGCAAGCCAGCAACCACUCUGAGAAACAGAAGAUUCGCAAACCAAGGCCGCAAAGGGAGCGUGCUCAGUGGGAUAUUGGUAUUGCCCAUGCUGAGAAAGCAUUGAAAAUGACUCGGGAAGAAAGGAUAGAACAAUACACCUUCAUUUAUAUAGACAAAGAGCCAGAGGAGGUUUUGUCAAAAGCCAAAAAGACUGCUGCUUCUAAAUCAGAAACCAAGAAGAACCGACGACCGAAGCCAGCGUUGAACACCCAACCAGAACAUGCCAACGUGGUAGCGGCGUCACCUUCAAAUGCUGAGGUGCGAAGACAAAGCCAACGGAGGCAGUCAAGUGUGGAAGAAGAGGAGCCACCUCCUGUAAAAAUUGCAUGGAAAACAGCUGCAGCUAGAAAAUCCUUACCAGCUUCAAUAACCAUGCACAACUUGGAUCUUCAAAAAUGUAACAUGUCUCCAGUUGUUAAAAUUGAACAGGUUUUUGCCCUUCAGAAUGCUGCUGGUGAUGGAAAACUCAUCGAUCAGUUUGUUUAUUCCACUAAGGGAGUUGGUAACAAAACAGAAAUAAGUGUCAAAGGACAAGAGAAACUUAAUUCUUCAUCAAAUCAGAGAAAUGAAAAAGCAGCAGUGCAAAAUGUGUCCUCUCCUGAAACAACUUCUGGGUCAACAGGUUCUGUAGAAAAGAAGCAACAGAGAAGAUCGAUUCGAACCCGCUCAGAGUCUGAGAAAUCCACUGAAGUUGUGCCAAAGAAGAAGAUCAAAAAGGAGCAGGUUGAAAUGGUUCCACUGACAGCAGUGAAGACAGGAUUGCAGAAAGGUGCCAGCGAGAUUUCAGAUUCUUGUAAACCUUUAAAGAAAAGGAGUCGUGCUUCAACUGAUGUAGAACUGACUAGUUCAGCUUACAGAGAUACAUCUGACUCUGAUUCAAGAGGACUUAAUGAUUUACAGGGUAGUUUUGGAAAACGUUCAGACAGCCCAUCAGCUACUGCCGAUGCUGAUGCUUCUGAUGUGCAGUCGGUAGACUCUAGCUUGUCCAGGAGAGGAACUGGAACAAAUAAAAAAGACACUGUUUGUCAGAUCUGCGAGAGCUCUGGCGAGUCUUUGGUGUCCUGCGAGGGCGAGUGUUGCAGCGUCUUUCAUAUGGAGUGUCUCGGCCUCAAGUCAAUGCCCGAUGAGAAGUUCAUCUGCACUGAGUGUAAAAAUGGAGAACAUACGUGCUUUUCAUGCAAACUUCCUGGCAAAGAUGUGAAGCGCUGUUCCGUCAACACAUGCGGUAAAUUUUAUCACGAGGCCUGUGUUCGCAAGUUUGCCACUGCUCUGUUUGAGUCGCGAGGAUUUCGUUGCCCGCAGCAUUGCUGUAGUGCCUGCUCAAUGGAUAAGGAUAUUCAUAAGGCAAGCAAAGGUCGCAUGGUGAGAUGUUUCAGAUGUCCCAUUGCCUAUCACUCAGGAGAUGGCUGUAUUGCUGCAGGAAGCUUGUUUGUGUCAUCCCACAUUCUCAUCUGUAGUAACCAUUCCAAAAGGAAUCACUCCUCAUCAGCUGUAAAUGUAGGCUUUUGUUUCGUUUGUGCAAGAGGGUUGGUAGUGCAGGAUCAUUCAGACCCCCUGUUCAGUUCAUAUGCCUAUAAGUCCCACUACCUACUGAAUGAAUCAAAUCGUGCUGAGUUGAUGAAAUUACCUAUGAUUCCUCCUCCUUCGUCAGCUUCCAAAAAGAAAUGUGAGAAAGGUGGAAAACUCUUGUGCUGUGAAUCCUGCCCAGCUUCCUUUCACCCUGAGUGUCUCAACAUAGAAAUGCCUGAAGGAUGCUGGAAUUGCAAUGACUGUAAAGCUGGCAAGAAGCUACGUUACAAGCAGAUCGUUUGGGUCAAGCUUGGAAAUUACAGGUGGUGGCCAGCAGAGAUCUGCAAUCCCAGGUCUGUGCCUCUCAACAUACAGGGCCUCAAACAUGAUAUCGGGGACUUCCCAGUAUUUUUCUUUGGUUCACAUGACUACUAUUGGGUACACCAGGGCAGAGUUUUCCCUUAUGUUGAAGGAGAUAAAAGCUUUGCAGAGGGGCAAACUAGUAUUAACAAGACCUUCAAGAAAGCACUUGAAGAAGCGGCAAAGCGCUUCCAGGAGCUGAAAGCACAAAGAGAAAGCAAAGAGGCAUUAGAAAUUGAAAGGAAUUCAAGGAAACCUCCACCUUACAAACACAUUAAAUCCAACAAGGUAAUAGGGAAGGUUCAGAUUCAGGUAGCUGAUCUGUCAGAAAUCCCUCGCUGUAACUGCAAGCCAUCGGAUGAGAACCCCUGUGGCCUGGAGUCAGAGUGUCUGAACAGGAUGCUGCAGUAUGAGUGCCAUCCCCAGGUGUGCCCAGCAGGAGAGCGGUGUCAGAACCAGUGUUUCACCAAAAGACUCUACCCUGAUGCUGAAAUCAUAAAAACUGAUCGACGUGGAUGGGGUCUCAGGACAAAAAGGAGCAUUAAAAAGGGUGAAUUUGUGAAUGAAUAUGUUGGCGAGCUAAUUGACGAAGAAGAGUGCAGAUUGCGGAUCAAACGUGCACAUGAAAACAGCGUAACCAAUUUUUAUAUGUUAACUGUAACAAAGGACCGGAUAAUAGAUGCUGGCCCAAAGGGGAAUUAUUCUCGUUUUAUGAAUCAUAGUUGUAAUCCAAACUGUGAAACACAGAAAUGGACAGUGAAUGGUGACAUUAGAGUUGGACUCUUUGCUCUUUGUGAUAUUCCUGCAGGAAUGGAGUUAACAUUUAAUUACAAUUUGGAUUGCCUGGGCAAUGGUAGGACCGAAUGUCAUUGUGGAGCAGAAAACUGCAGUGGUUUCCUAGGAGUGCGUCCAAAGACAGCAUUUGCAACCGCAAAUGAAGAGAAGGUGAAGAAUGCAAAAUUAAAGCAGAAGAAACGGAAAAUAAAAACAGAACAGAAGCAGAUGCAUGAAGACAACUGUUUCCAGUGUGGAGAUGGGGGAGAACUGGUCAUGUGUGAUAAAAAGGACUGUCCCAAAGCAUACCACCUCCUAUGCCUUAACCUGACUCAACCACCUUUUGGAAAGUGGGAAUGUCCGUGGCAUCAGUGCGACAUCUGUAGCAAUCCUGCAGUUUCGUUCUGUGAGUUUUGCCCUCAUUCGUUCUGUAAAGAUCAUGAGAAGGGAGCCCUGGUGGCAUCAGCAUUGGAUGGUCGUCUCUGCUGCUCUGCACAUGACCCCACAUCUCCUGUGGCACCUGAGUACUGGAGCAAGAUAAAGUGCAAAUUGGAAUCACAGAAUCCUGUAGAAGAAGCAAAGGAGUGAAUUUGGUUAAAAACAAACAAGGCAGGGGAGAAGAGAGGCAAACAGGCGAUGAACUUGAAGAGACUGCUAUGACACAUUCAGUCUUUGUCAUCAGAGCCGUCGUGUGUGAACUGGGAACGGGACCAUUUAAUCUUAGCAAGCGGAAGCAGGCAGUGGUGUUUGGUUUUUAUUGUUUGGUCUUUCUUUUACCCUCGAAUGUGCUACAGCAGCUCUUACUGUUGGAAACCAGAAACGUCUUGGCCUUCAAAGAAAAACGUAGACCUUUUGACAGUGAAAAGAAUAUUCUGUUUAAAAUAUGUUCUUUGAGUGUAGAAAGCAAAGCAUAGCAACAUAUUUAUUUAUUUAAUUUUUAAAGGGUAUUGAAGAUCUGGUUUUGAUCAGUCAGUGUGUCUUUAAAAACAAAAUAGCAAAGCCAACAUAACCUUUAUGUCUAGUUUAUGAAAACUAGUAAAGCCUGCCCACUCUGUGUAACAUUGAGAUGCCAUAAGACAGAUGUGGGUUUCAGACCAGGUGACCCUGAAAUGCCUCCAUUCCCGUACUUACUUUUAAAGGCAUUUUGAGAAGGUAGGUUAUAUAUCAUGUUAACUUAUUAAUAUUAUUGUAAAGCUUUUCCUAUGAGAAAUCAGGUGUAUGACUUCUUGGAAGUGCUUGUAACACGAGAGCUAGCAUUGUUUAAGGAGGGAAGAAAUCAUGGUUCCUUGCUCGAGAGCUAUAAUCGGUGUUUGCAGACAGGUGGAAAUUCAGAAAGAGCUUAAUUGCACAAUGGUUAUUUCUUUAUCCCACCUAAUUUGGAAAACCUUCCUAGUUAGGAGAGCCUCCCAGCCUCGGUCAUAUACUGCAGCACGCUCAGAACUGAAGUCUUAAUCCUACCAGUGGGAGCUCUGCCGUUGACUUCUUUAGUUGGAGGAUUGUUCUGUGCGUGUGUAUUUGUCAUCUGCCAAGUCUGCACUUGUUUUAUGGCAGUUAUAUUAGUGUGAUUCUUUAUUGCCACCUUCUCAGACUCCCAUUAGUUUCAAAGGAAAUUUGAGCGCUUAAGGAAUCUGACCCAUGUGCGUGUUUGUUUUGAUUGAAUGUUUAGAUUUUUUUGCUGAGAGAGAUCUUCUAACUUUAAUCUUCAUUGUUAAUGGAGCUAAGAAAAAUCUCAGCAUUUCUUCAAUGAACAGGGUAUUUUCUGUCUGGGUAACGGGCCGUAUUCAACAGCAGCCAACUUUAGCUUCAUGAGACAGUUCUGUCUUGGAUUUCCCCUGUUAAUCAGUAGAGAGACAGGCUCCUUCAGUGAGGCUUUUGAAGUGGCUUAGGUAGGCUCCUGCUCCAGAUUUUCUUUUGAAAACCUAUCCUCCUUCAUUUCUUGUCCAAGGAGCCUAGGGGGACUAGUUUCCCCAGGCUGAAGUUAGUCUUUGGUGAACCUCCUCCCUUAGCCCACAAUCUUACAAAGCACUGUGCGUCUCCCCCUGCCCUGGUAUAGUUAGAGUGUAUUUUUGACUUGUAUACUGAUAUUGGAUAACUUCGUGCUAGCUUUUUGCUAAUGGGUAUUGAAAAUAAUCCUGAAUGAAGAGAACUAAUAUCAAGUGUUGCUGGCAUCUGGCUAAAUUAAGCCUUUGAAUUAAGAAUUAAGAACCUUGUCUCUGGAAAACUGCUUACAUAAACCUACAGGAACAUGGUGACUUCUCAGUUCAAGAAAAUAGUAGGCUGAAAAAGUACAUGUGGGAUUUUAGAACACGUCUUGCAUCUGGCUGGUGUCCUUCUCGUCCUCAAAUUUAUGUACUGGGGGGAAAUUUUUUCGUGUGCAAUUGUAAAAUUACAAAAUACACUACAAUCUCUUUAAGCUGCUACUGUGCCAUUUAACUGAUCUGGCAGUUCGUCUUCUGAACGUCUGCAGAUGCCUUUCCUACAAACUUGGGGGUGUCUUGGGUGGCAUAACUGCAGGUAUCUUGUGGGUCAGUUCAUGGUACAGAGGGCUAUUGGGAUCUAUAAAGCACUUCAUCUUGUGGUCCGUACUACAGUGAAUGUCUGAAACACUAAUCUUGCUUGAAAGCAGUGCUAUAUUUUAGUAUUUUUUACAAAAAAAAAUUUACAAAAAGGAUUUUAUUUUUCUUAACAUUUUGUGUGAUAAAUGUCUCUUUUUAAGCUCUUACUGGGGGUGUUUAACCCUUUUCAGAAAUUCCAAACAUAGCUCUUGCUACAGUGUCUGUAAGGCCCGAUGUGUUUACUUUAUAUUAUUUAUUAGGCUUGGUAAUGUUCAAAUGAUUUUCUCUUAGGAAGUCAGAGCAUUCUGAAUACUGCAGAUACACUAUUGUGUGAGUGCACCUACAUGCUUUUUUAUUCUGUGUCCGUGGUGACUUACUGACUGGAGGGAAAUGGUGCAGUAGCACCAGAAUGCCCUCAUGAGCGUUUGACGUGGCAGGGAGCAGAGAAGAGCCAUGGACCGUCAGUCGCCACGUGAGAUGUACUGCUGUGACGUGCCGGUGCGCUGAGUAUCGCAGAACAUGUGAAGGUUCACAGAAGGCUUUUAAAAACUUGUAAAAUGCUGUGAAUUGAGGCCUGCUGCUACUCCUGUGCCAUGCCACUUGAUGUCUUGGUUAACUUUGUUUUCAAACUUCUUACAGGUGCUCCUUUUUUCCACCAAAAAAAGAUUAAUAAUAGCCAGCAGCUGGGCUUGGACUUAAAAGGGAAAAUAGGAGAUUGGUUUAUAAGCUUGUACAGCUUAUGAACAAAAAGUCUGAGCUGGAUUUCACACUAUUGGAGAGAAGGUGAAUCUUUAAAAAAAACUUUUAACAUUCUGAGAUAAGAAAAUACCUAAUUCAAAGUGUCUUGGUAGCUGUAGGGGGUUUGUUCUAUAUGCCAAACACAAAAUGUUAAAAUAGACAUUUUAACCACAUCUUUGCAAUCUGAAUAACAAUAAUGGAAUUCCUUUGUAAGGAAAAGAUUUAGCAGCUGUUUUGGUUAAUUGGCAUCAGCAGAGGGGUGUCAGGUGCUGAAUUAAAUUUGUAUGGUCUCUAAACUGAGAUAAGUAGCAUUGGAUAGUUUGGUCAUUUCAUGCUGAGGCCUGGAAGAAGUCCACAGAACUGCUGGUGAUUUCGGUUGAGAACUUAAAUCUGCUGUUUAAGACUGUCAGUUGUUUCUUAACUGGAACGCACUGUCACACUUUUCCCUUACUUUUGUUUUAAAUUUUUGAGAUAGCACCACGCUUCUGGCGAACACCUGACUUCAGCUCUGUCGCCUGUGCGCUCUCUAUAGUGCAGUGUCCGAGCUGCUCUGCAAAGUUAACGGGAUUUUGUUGUUUACUGGAGCUUUUACUCUACAGUUUGCACCUUAGCACAGCGCAGACGUUCUGCAGACCAUGGCCAAAUGGUGCAAUGGCUGGUUACUACCAUUUUCUAAAUACAUGGUGCAAGCAUUAGUUAUUGUAGCUUUCAGAUUAUUAGUAUAGACUUGUCCUAUCAAUAGACUGUUGAAGGCAUUUGCAGCUCAGGAAGGAUAACGUUAAAGGCAAUUUUGUGGGCAAAUUACCUUCUCUGGUCACCACCAUGGUCUUAGAGAAUCUGUUAGAAUGGAGUAAUAGGGCUGGAAUGUUUAAUUUUGGCCUUUCUGCUAAAAAACUUCUUGUAUCUUAAUUUCAGGAUAGAAUGGGAAAGACACAAUUACUAGACGUAAUUAACAAUGAGCAUAAAAUCUGUAUAUAUUGAAACUUUACAGAAAU